ACCAACCCUCCAACUUACAAACACAUUUUCACGACUUCGCUUGCUAUGGAAAACAUGUUUCUGGAGCUUGACAUCGUUCGACAUAGGCAGUGCCAUGGCUCAGAAGUGCUCAAACAAAGCCGCGCACUCGCACAUGAGAGCAGUUUGACCGAUUUACACAUCGCGUGCCAACUAACCGCUUCUCGUGACAGCGGGACAGAUGCUUCUCAGGCAAAUGCUGCCUUCACUGCAGGAAGUGUAACGAAGCACCACGGCGCAUGCUCUUCUGCCUCUCCGACAAGCGGAGGAUGAAAGAUCCCCUGCUGUAAUACGCUCUGUACAGAGGGGUGAUGGCGGGUGCUGAGGUCAUUGUGUCUUCAGGGGAUCUCAUGACGGUGAAGGAAGAGGAAGGGGAGUCCAGUGGCGACAACCAUAAGACUCAAGUCAUCCUGCACUUGCAGCCAAUCCUGCAUGGGGUAAAUGAUGACAUUGCUGACACUGGCACUACAGUCUUGGCCAUAGAGACACAUCAUGAAGACAGUAAAGCAGAGGGAGAGGAAAUUGAGUAUGGCUACCCCAUCACCUGUGGAGACAGCAGAGCGGUUCUACUAUUUAAGAAGUUUGUGUGCCCUGGAAUCAACGUCAGGUGUGUUAAAUUCAAUGACCAGCUCAUCAGUCCCAAGCAGUUUGUACACCUGGCAGGGAAAGCCACUCUGAAGGACUGGAAAAGGGCCAUCAGACUGGGAGGGGUAAUGCUCAGGAAAAUGAUGGACUCUGGCCAGAUAGAUUUCUACCAGCAUGACACUGUAUGCAGCAACACCUGCCGCAGCACUAAGUUUGAUGUGCUGAUCAACAGCACGCGACUUCCUCCAGGGACCUUAGUGCAGCCGAGCCUGUCGUGUCUGGCUCUCGACCCUGUUGGAGGACAGGUGCCUCCGCUGACAGGAGAGGUUUUACAUGACGCGGCAGAGGUAGAGAAGACUUUGGAGGAGAAGUUCAGCACAACAGCAGAGCGCAGCCCUGGUCCAACCCGGCCUGUUAAUCCCACAACAGCCAAUGGACAUGCUGUAAAGAGAAAGAGGGCUGACACACCUGAUGGAGUAUUAAGCCUGUGGAAGGGUGUGGCAGACUCUGGAAUGAUGGGGGAGGUCCUGUCCAGUCUCCAGACUGAAAUAUUAGCCAAUCUUAAAGGAGUAGAGGUUCGCAGUGAGAAGGCCAACCUGCAGGAGGCAGAUGCUGUUAUACUUAAUUCCCUGUGUAAGAUGUUUGGACUUUUGGACUCAGUGAAGAAAGCCUUGGACCUGAAGCGCAGCCAAGACGAAGAAAACAAGAUCCAUAACAACGAUUAUGUGUUGGAUGAAAUCUUGGAGGACCAGAGGAUGCAGGGCAGUGAUAAAAGCACUUCAUACAAAAUUAAAUCCUUAAAACACCCACGACCUCAACGUCACAACCUGUCAAACAGCCAGACUCACAACUUGCUGUCUCCUGUCAAAACAAGCCCGGUGAUCCAUCCUCUCUCUGUAACCAGUUUAUGCACUGCCUCGCACGCUCAGCUUACCAUCAGUCCUCGGUUCUUCAGACAUAUUUCGACCUCAGCUGGCCGGCAUCAGCGUGCCGGAGCUUGCAGGACGGACAGGGACAGUGGUAGUGUUGCGCUGGAGAGCGAGUGCGAGCUCAGGGAGAUGGGGGACCCAGACAGGAUUCACAGGCUUAGACAAGAGGCCAUGGGAAAAGAGCACUCCCCAGGGAUCCACAAAGAGACUGGGCAGAAGACUUUUAAGUUUCAAGAAGACCCUCACGGUAGCGGUGAGGAAACAGAGGAGACUGUGGGCUUGCAUGACAUUGAAAAGAUGUUCAUAGGAAGGAAGGCAUCAAAGAAGCAUAAAAGCAAGUGAGGGAGAGAGACAAUCUCAAAGGGAUGUGCCUGAGACAUGAAGACGAAAUUCUUUCUUGUGUUCUCAUAUAUUGUGGUUGCUUCAGUUGUGUUUACUUCAGAGGUGUUACGGGCACAGAUCUGUUCUUGCAUUAAGCGACACAUUCAAGAGGACACAAUAAUAUUUUAAUAUUUUAUCAACUCGGAACGCAGUGGAGCUGAAAUAAUCACUUGAUUCAUCCAUGAAUCAAAUUAACUUGCUACCAUUUUGAUAACUGAUUAAUUGUUUUAGUCAUUUUUUUAAUGAAAAAUGAAAAAAAAUUCACUUGCCCCAGCUUCUCAAGUGUGAACAACCAGAAAAUCGAGGAUCAACAGCAGUUUGAUAAUAAAAAUAAUGUUCAGAUGCAGCCCUAAAUCACAGAUUUUUCUCAUGUCUGCUGUAUACAGUAUUAUAAACAGGUUUGUGUGACAGCACAUCUAAAUUUUUAAAAUGCCUUUCAGAUGUCUGUAAAUAUAAUAUUUACCUUGUCUAAAAGUAGUUGGCAACUUUUUCAGGUAUUUGUGACAAAUAUUUCCACAUAAUUUUAUAAUUAAUUUCAAAUAUUAUUUGUAAUUGAAAUAUAAUAUAUAAUGUUUUGUGAGUUACACCUGUUGUCAAGUUUUAUAUAAUUUUGAUUUUGUGAAAUACAUCUCACUCAGGCUUGUAUUUUGGCUCUUGUUAUAAUGCCCGCCUAAGAUCUAUGCACCAGGCACUCAGUGUCUGAUCAACAGGCAGUAAAAACUAUAUAUAAAUUAGUAUUAUGACUGUUGAUGUGCUAUCUCUUUAAACCAGGUCCUGUUUACUAACAUGUUCUUCAGCUGCAUAAUCUUGUUUAUUUACUUUUCAUCAUAGAAAAAAUAUAAAAGUACAAUGAAAAGGACAUUGAUGGUCCAAAAUGUCCAUGUAGGCAGUGAACACAUUUUAAAUAAAAACCUAUGUGUUUGAUAUUUCAA